GGAGUCGCAGGCGGGUGGCGGCGGCCGUGCUUGGUAGUGAGGGCGGGAGGGAGUGAGUCACUGAGCGUGUGUGAGGGAGGGAAGGAGCAAGCGGGCGAGCGAGCAGCCCGCGCCGUCCGCCCGCAGCACCAGCCAGGCCCCGCCGCCGCCCCGCAGCCCAGCGCCGAGGCCGGGCCGAGCCGAGCUGGGUCGGGCCCGGGCCAUGCUGCUCACCGUGUACUGUGUGCGGAGGGACCUCUCCGAGGUGACCUUUUCCCUCCAGGUCGACGCCGACUUCGAGCUGCACAACUUCCGCGCGCUGUGCGAGCUCGAGUCCGGCAUCCCCGCAGCCGAGAGCCAGAUCGUCUAUGCUGAAAGACCCCUCACAGACAACCACAGAUCGCUGGCUUCCUACGGCUUGAAAGAUGGGGAUGUCGUGAUUUUACGACAGAAGGAGAAUGCAGACCCUCGGCCUCCAGUGCAGUUCCCAAACUUGCCCCGCAUAGACUUCCGUAGUAUAGCCGUGCCUGGCACGUCAGGCUCCCGGCAGCGCCGGCCACCAGGAGCACAGCAGUCCCACUCAUCUCCCGGAGACAUAGCUUCAUCUCCUCAGGGCUUGGACAAUCCAGCCUUGCUCCGAGACAUGUUGCUGGCCAACCCCCAUGAGCUGUCCUUGCUGAAGGAGCGCAAUCCACCCCUGGCGGACGCUCUGCUCAGUGGAGACCUUGAGAAAUUUUCUAGGGUCCUGGAGGGACAGCAGCAGGACCGAGCCCGGAGAGAGCAAGAAAGGAUUCGUCUCUUUUCUGCCGACCCUUUUGAUCUUGAAGCUCAGGCAAAAAUAGAGGAAGAUAUAAGGCAACAGAACAUCGAGGAAAACAUGACAAUAGCUAUGGAAGAGGCUCCUGAAAGUUUUGGCCAAGUGGUGAUGCUUUAUAUUAACUGCAAAGUGAAUGGACAUCCUGUGAAAGCCUUUGUUGACUCAGGUGCCCAGAUGACUAUUAUGAGCCAGGCUUGUGCAGAAAGAUGUAAUAUAAUGAGGCUGGUGGACCGUCGGUGGGCAGGGAUUGCCAAAGGAGUGGGCACCCAGAAGAUCAUCGGAAGGGUACAUCUAGCUCAGGUUCAAAUUGAAGGAGAUUUCCUGGCGUGCUCUUUCUCUAUCCUUGAGGAACAGCCUAUGGACAUGCUUCUGGGACUGGACAUGCUGAAACGGCAUCAGUGUUCCAUCGACCUCAAGAAAAAUGUGCUCGUGAUCGGCACGACAGGCUCACAGACCACCUUUCUGCCCGAGGGAGAGUUACCAGAGUGUGCCCGAUUGGCGUAUGGGGCGGGGCGAGAGGAUGUGCGGCCAGAAGAGAUUGCAGACCAAGAAUUAGCAGAAGCUCUUCAGAAAUCCGUAGAGGAUGCAGAGAAAAGUGGUAAAGAAACUACCUCACUGGGAAUGUCAUCCUUACCAACUUCAGAUGGAUUUAACCAUCCAGCCCAUCCUUCAGGACAGAGUCCUGAGAUUGGUAAUCCUAUGAGUCUUGCUCACUCUGUCUCUGCUUCAGGCUGCCCUGUCGAGCCCAGUGACCCUGACAGCAUUGAACCUAAAGCUCUAAAGGCUUUGAAGGCUUCCGCUGAAUUCCAGAUAACCUCUGAAAAGAAAGAACAUCUUCCUCCACAGGAUCUUUCUGAUUGUGCUUCUUCAACAGACAGCGCUCCAGCCAUGCCUCUGCAGAAUUCAUCCGAAGAAGCCAUUGUUGCAGAGAAUAUGGCGAAAUCUGCUGAAAGAAGCACCCAGGGCCUCAGAUCUCCUCUCCACACAAGACAGCAAGCUAGUUUAUCUGUCACGACUACUAGUGUGCAAGAACCACCGGGGUUUCUAGGUGAAAAGGGUUGGCAUCCAGAAAGUCAGAACCCGAGUCAAGGGAAUGGCCUUCAGCAGCACAAAGAACCAGGGAAUGAACAGCAUGAGGUUGUACAACAGAAUGCUCUACAUGACCAAGAACAGGGACAUCUCUGUAACACAGGGGACUUUGAACUUCUUGGAGAAAGGCAACAGAAUCCACAAAGAAGUGUUGAUUUAGAAGCUACAAUGAAAGAAGACAGGCUACAGCAGAAUGUGGACCUUCCAGGUACAGAGGAAAAUAUUCUACCUUCAGGAUGCUUUGGCUGCCCCCAUUCAGAAACACUCAUGGAAGUGGAUACAGUUGAAGAGUCCCUAGUGGCUGUGCCUAACUCAGCGGAUGGUCAGAAUGCCAAUGUCAAGAACAUCGGUGCACCCGAUCUCACCUUAGAUAAUCCCCUGAUGGAAGUAGAAACCUCAAAAUGUAAUCCUUCAUCCGAAAUUUUGAGUAAUUCAAUUUGCACUCAGGAUUUACAACUCCCAGACGAUAACGUUGAAAUGUCUGGAACAAAUAAAGAAGAUGGGGAUUGCUCCCUGUCUUUAAGUCUCUGUGGCAGUUGUCAGCCUUCUGUGGAGUCAGCAGAGGAAUCCUGCUCAUCUCUAACAGCAGCCUUGAAGGAACUCCAUGAACUUUUGGUCAUUAGUAGUAAACCAGCUUCAGAAAAUACAUCUGAAGAAGUUAUCUGUCAAUCGGAAAUGGUAACUGAGGGCCAAACAGGUGUGAAGGACCUUUCUGAAAGAUGGACCCAAAGUGAGCAUGUUCUAGUUACCCAGAACGAAGAGCGUUCACAAGUCUCCUUUCAUCAGACCAUAACUGUAUCGGUGAGGGCAGAAAAGUUAACAGACACUUCAAAUGGUGCUGGAGUAGAAGAUGUAGAAAAUAUUAAUGUCAGGGAUCCAGGUGAUGGCCUAGUAACUGAUAAGGAAAGUGUCCCCGAGUCUAGGGAAUCCGAGAACAAGAGCAGUUCUGACGCUCUAGCCUCAGCAAAAACGUCUGAUCAAGUACACUGCACCUUAGGUGUAGAAAUCUCACCCAAACUUUCAGCAGGUGAGGAGGAUGGUGUCAGUCCCACUUCUGAGCAAACGAAGUCCUGGUCCAGUUUCACGUUGGUUGAAGAUCUGGACCAGGGCGCACAGAAUCCGGUGACAGACAGGCCUGAGACACGACAGGAUGUCUGUCCUGAAGCUGCAGGGCCACUUGUUGACUUUGAACCGCCCACCAGCCACCCAUCACCAAGUCCCUCCAUUCUUCCACCACUGAUUUUUCCUGCUGCAGACAUUGACCGGAUUCUCCGUGCCGGCUUCACUUUGCAGGAAGCUCUUGGGGCUUUGCAUCGAGUUGGUGGAAAUGCAGACCUUGCACUUCUUGUCUUGCUCGCAAAGAACAUUGUAGUUCCUACAUAACCAAGGAAAAGUGGGCUAAACCAUCCUCCAUUCCCUUAAAAAAAAGAAAAAAAAAAAAAAAGC